UUACCUGCAGUCAACGAUCAUUACCUCAAUUUCGCUUUGUCGGCGAAGACCACAGCCUCGCAUUCAUAUGUGAAAAAAACCCAAAUGGGUUUUAUUGUGCAGAUUGCAAAACUCUCGUGAACUGCAUUGAUGGAAGUGCAUUUCCUUAUACCUGCGAAAACCAGACCAGAUGUGACGACAGACGGACGUUUGGGGGUGGCGUGUGCUACCCAGAACACCCUCAGCAAUGUUAUUGUCAAACAAAGCACUCGUUUCACGUAGAUUUAUACGACGAUCGGAAAUUCUUCUAUUGCGAGAACGUAAAGGCUGAAUACGAUAUCUUCCAGUGCCCCAACGAAAUGAUCUUUGUGGAGGACGAAAUUCUGUGUAACACGCGCUCAGGCUUGCCGAGGUGUAGGUACAUGGGCAUCUUCUCGUAUAUUCCCGACUGCAGAAGGUACUACGUCUGCAUCCUCACCCUGACAGGAUGGGUACAGAAGGCUUUCAGGUGCCACAAUGACAGCGCCCUCGGUGACCUCAUGUUCAAUCAAGUCUCUGGGGAGUGCGAGGACCCUUGCACUUGGACCGCGAAGGAGUUCUCCUGCCAGAGAGAGGGUCGGUUUGGGGAUAUCAUCAGCUGCCGUAUAUACCAUGAAUGUGUUGCCAUGCCCUACGGAUUCCGGCAUGUGAAGCACGAGUGUCCCUUGGGCUACACCUGGGAUCCUACAGCUCACAACGGCUACGGCCUUUGUGUUCUGGCCGAGACCAACACUGGGUGCGCCGUGGACAACUCCACACUCAAUUUGUGUAUUAUACCUGAAACUAGAUGUCCCUAUGUCGCAGCUGGAAAUUCAUCUUUCCUUUUACCUCCCGACGAGAUUGAGCCACCCAUUACCAUCAGUGUUUUAGACAUUUUGCACAACACAGAGCCUCCAGUACCGCCUCAAACAAUACCACCUCCGGAGUACACCACGAUGCCUGCAGAGACUACGACAGAUGUUGAGUCCUUGCAGAAUUUAGAAUUUUCUUUCCAAGAAGAUGAUCGAUCAAGCCAGUGUCCCGAGCCGUUUGACCUAGUAGCCGGCGAUUGCGUCCUGGUCUCGGGAGAGGAUGAGAGGCGCAACUACACCGGGGCCAUGGAGUACUGCGGCCGGCUGGGAGCAGGCCUGGCCUCGCCCUCCGACUUGAUGGCGCUAAGGAACUACGUCUUGCUUCAGCUGGGUGUGAUUCACGUCCGGGUCGGCGCAACCCGCAGCCCCGAACUAGCAGCCUGGUCCUGGCCCGACGGAAGACCUGUCCCGUCCGCGGCCUGGGGUCCUUGGCAGCCUGACAAUGCUGGGGGUCAGGAGUACUGCACCACGCUCAACACCAACCUGUGGUGGAAUGGACCUCUCAAUGACUUCAGUUGUAAUGGCCUGUAUGCCUUUGUGUGUCAGUAUGGGGUGUGAUUCUUCUGCCAGUGUUUUUGUGUUUGUGUUGUGCUGUCAUUCUCGGUAUCUUCAUUUUUGAUAUGGCACUUUUUCUUAAUUGUUAGAUUUCAAGAUUUUAUUUCUCCGUUUCUUAACUAAACCUUUACUGUUAAUUGUAAAACUGUUUUUAACAAUAUGUUGGUCAAGUCACUUUUUUACAAAUUAUUUGUAUGAAAGCACAAACAUUCAUAACGAUAAAAGGCGAAAGUUUUGUAUGCUAUAAUAAUACAUGAUUUCUUA